AUGGCGUCCGCUCUGGCCUCCGUGACGGCAGAAAGCAGGCCGGCGUUCUCCAUCGAUCGGAUUCUGGGUUUGGAGCCGGAAAGACCUGGAAACUGCCGAAAGCUCCACCGACCCUGGGCAGAGAUCGGAGCCGAGAAGGAGCACAGAGGAAACGGUAAGUGUUCUCAACAACAACAACAUCAUCAUCAUCAUCAUCAUCAUCAUCAGCUGGACUCUCCCAGGCCGACAUCAAACUGGUACAUCGGACGCAGACCGCGCACCGCCUUCACCAACAGCCAGGUGAAUGUACUGGAGACGGUGUUUCAGGUGAACUGUUAUCCAGGUAUCCAUCUGAGGGAGCAGCUGGCAGGGAGGCUGGACCUGGACGAGGACAGAAUACAGAUCUGGUUUCAGAACCGGCGGGCCAAGCUGAGACGUUCCCUCAGAGAAACCCGUCUGCAGCUGGUUCAGACGGCCGUGGCUGACCUCGGGGUCAGAGGUCGAGUGAAGGCGAGCGAAGGCCGAGGUGAGCUGGAGCUCGCCUCUCGUCGGCAGCUUGAGGUGGAGGAAGAGGAGGAGUGA